CGUCAGGUAGCAAAAUCCUCUGCCUCUGCCCAAAACCCUCAAAUCCGGCCAUGCCAGCAUUCUUAAACCCUCCCAAAAUCCCUCUCUCCACCACCUUCCAUCUCAGGCCCCUUCUCUUCCCAAUCCCAUCAAAACCCUCCAUCAUCUCCUUCUCCUCAACCUCUACUCCAACCCCAGAAGACAUCUCCCAUCUCAUCGUCACCGCCCAUUCCCCCUCCCAAGCCCUCCAAACCUUCAAAUGGGCCACUCACUUCCCCAACUUCCACCACACCCAAGCCACCUUCAAAUCCUUAAUCCAGAAGCUCUGUGCCUUCCGCCGAUUCGACACUGUCCAAACCGUCCUCAACCAAAUUCCCGCCUCCCUCGGCGGCCCUCCGGAUGACGACAUUUUCAUCACAAUCAUCCGUGGAAUGGGCCGUGCUCGGAUGACCCGCCAAGCGAUCCAGAUAUCCAAUUUGAUGGUAUCCCAAUUCGGUAAGAACCCGUCUACGAAAAUCUUCAAUUCGGUUCUUGACGUCCUCGUCAGAGAAGAUAUCGACUUGGGUAGGGAAUUUUUCCGGAAGAGAAUGAUGGGGUGUGGGAUUCAAGGUGAUGAGUACACGUUUGGGAUCCUGAUGAAGGGCCUUUGUUCGACGAAUCGGAUCGACGAGGGGUUUAGACUUUUGAAAUUGAUGAAAUCGCAGGGAUUUGCGCCGAAUCCAGUGAUAUAUAAUACAUUAAUUCACGCGCUUUGUAGGAAUGGGAAGGUUGGGAGGGGUAGGAGCUUGGUUAACGAGAUGGAUGGUCCAAAUGCUGUCACUUUCAAUGUUCUAAUAUCUGCGUAUUGUAAAGAAGGCGAUUUGGUCCGAGCGCUCGUGAUGUUGGAGACAUGCUUCAGUUGUGGGUUUGUUCCAGAUGUUGUUGCGAUCACGAAAUUGGUGGAGCUUCUUUGUAAUGAUGGGCGGGUUAUGGAAGCUGCAGAGGUUUUGGAGAGGGUGGAGAGGAAGGGAGGUGUGGUCGAUACUAUAUCCUAUAAUGCUUUGAUUAAAGGGUUUUGUCAGUUGGGAAAGGUGAAGAUGGGAAAGCGGGUUUUGAAGGAAAUGGAAGGGAAGGGAUGUCUUCCGAAUGUGAGCACAUAUAAUCUUUUGAUUGCAGGUUUUUGUGAAUGUGGGAAGUUGGAUGAGGCGGUUGAUCUGUUUCGUGAAAUGCAGAUGGUUGGGAUUAGUCUCGAUUACGUCACAUAUGAUACUUUAAUUAGAGGGCUGUGCUCAGGAGGAAGGAUUGCAGAUGGGAUUCGCAUUUUGGGUAUGAUGGAGGAGAAUGGAGGGAAAAUGGCAGGCCGGAUUAGUCCUUAUAAUAGUAUCAUCUAUGGUCUGUAUAGGGAAAACAGAUUAGAGGAAGCACACGGCUUUUUGGUUAAAAUGGGGAGGUUCUUUCCUAGAGCCGUUGAUAGGAGCUCGAAAAUAUUGGGUUUUUGCAGGGAUGGUAAGAUUGAAGAAGCUAAAAGGUUGUAUGAUCAAAUGGUUGGUGAAGGUGGUGUUCCCAGUGCUCUUGUCCACAUGCGUUUGAUUGACGGGUUGUGUGAAGAACAGGACGUGCGUGGAGCGUUUGAACUGAUGAAUGAUAUGGUUGUGAAUGCGUGUUUUCCCAUCGUGGUAACGUUUAAUACUUUGAUAGAUGGAUUUUGUAGGGAAGGGAGCCUUGGGAGUGCUGCAAGUCUGUUGGAGGAAAUGGUUGGGAGAGGCUGCUUGCCUGAUAUAGGCAGUUAUAGGCCCUUGAUUGAUGGCUUUUGUAGGAGAGGGAAUUUACAGAGGGCUGUUGGGCUUGUGGCGGAAAUGGUAGAGAAGGGUGUUGUUCCUGAUCGAUUUAUAUGGAACUCCUUGCUUCUCUUUUUAAAUCAAGAGGGGAUUGAGUGCAAGCAUAGGCUUCAUGUAAACAGCCUAUUGAACUGGAUUUGUGAGGGUUAGCAGCACAUUAAAGCUAAAGUUGAAGGAGUGGAGCAAGGAUAAGUUCCAUUCGCAUGGGCUUAAGAAAGAGGAGCUAUUCGGGAAGAUGCAUUCUAGAUAGGGAGGAAGAAAGUAAUCAAUUCGAUAUUGAGGAGGAGAGGGAUCUUCUGAACUUCAAAUAUUAAGGGAGAGCAGUAAAAUACCUCUUUCUUCCACAGGAUAGGUAACGGGAGGAGAAGAAAUCACAUUCACAAAAUCAAAGCUCAGAAUAUUCUGUUGGAGAACCAUGACCAUGUUAAAGAUGCAUUAGUAGACUUCUACAGUAAUCUUUAUUAGGAAGCUAUGGCGAGACUGAGGCUGGACAGUCUUAUUUUUAGCAGCCUGCAUGAUGACAAGCUGCAUGGUUGGAAAGGGAGUUUGUAGAGUAGGAGGUGAGGGAGAUAAGAUGCAAUUUCAUGAGCUUCGUGAAGGAAUUACAUAGCAGGGCCAAGCUCAGUAAGGACCUUAUGCAACAUCUAUUGUGUGCUUGAAUUUGUAAAGCCCCCAUCAAUCCUAGGGGUCAAACCUUUUGGUGUGGAUUGCUACUGCUAACAAAAUUCUCACAAUUGACAACCUUAAAAAGACAAAUAUGGUGAUGGUAGGGGGCAUUAACGAUUUCUGCCCCUUAGCUUGGUGGGAGGGAGCACACAAUUUUUUGGCGAGAACAUUAUAAUUCAGAUUAAGGGAGGUCCUUAGCUUGACUAUAUUCCCUUUUCAAGGAGCCUUUGUCAAGAAGGGGCAGAUUUUAGAUGGAGUCCUUGAUGCAAAUGAAGAAAUUUACUAUAGGAAAAGAAUUGGGGAGGCCGGCUUGCUUUGCAAGGUCGACAUGGAGAAGGCUUAUGACCAAGUGGAUUGGGAUUCUUGCCAUACUCCAUCGGAUGGCUUUUGGUAGGAUAUGGAUUGGGUGGAUGAAAGAAUGCAUAUCGAUUAGCAUUGUUUCCAUUUUGCUCAACAGUUCUCUGAUUUUUUCCCCCCUAUUUCAGAGAGCUGCCCCAAGGUGAUCCAUAUCUCCCAUUCUCUUUACAAUUCUGGCUGAGAGUAUGAGUUUACUGAUGUACAAGGAUGUGGACUUGGGGCUUCUUGGUGGCUUUGGGGUUGGAAGUUGGGAGCUGUCGAUAUCCCAUCUCCAAUUCAUGGACGACAUGCUUAUCUUUCGCGAGGCCUCUUGUUAUCGCCUUUCAAUUGUCAAAGGUUGGCUCCGGUGCUUUGAAGAGGUUUCGGGCCAAAGUGUGAACUUGAGGAAAAGUGCCAUUGCAGGGGCAGUGAUUGAGGAUGAAGUUGCAAAUUUUUUUGCCACGGUUUCGGGUUGCAAGGUAGUGCGCCUACCGAUGAAAUAUCCUGGUCACCCGGAUGGGGGCAAUCUUAGUGCUAUGCUUUUUGGGACCUAGUUGUGGAGAGAUUUGAGAAGAGGCUAGCUAAGUGAAAGAAAUCUUAUUUGUUGUUGGAUGGUAGAAUGAUGCUGAUUAAGUCCGCUAUUUCAAAUUGCUGGUGUAUUGCUAAAAGGAUGGAGAGAGUUUAGACGAUUUUUUGUUUUGGAAGUCUUUGAGGCGGGACAUACAGAUUUCAUGUUCUAGGAGCUGCUUUUUGGGAAAUGGUGG